AUGGGUGAGUAUUUUGAAUGAUUAAAUUUUUUCUCAUUAAAAUUUUAAUUCCAGGUAAAAAAGAGUCCAGCCAAUGUCCGGAAAUUCCAAUCGAAUGCUACAAACCGCAAAUCUACAUUCCAGCAAUUCCCAAGAAAAAAGUUGCAGUUCCAAUCCCAUUGAGAUGCACAAUUCCACCGAAACCACCUACAAGCCCAAUCAAAAAUCACACCAGAUCUAAAUAUUAUAAUUAUUAUAAGCCUAGGCCUUGGCCAAAUAUAUUUCGCAAGCCAAGAUGUUAUGCUUAUGGGAAGACGGUUCAUGUUUUACACGGUGUGAAAUACGCAGAUUUGUUCAAAAGCUAUAAAGGAGUACCGGGUUUGCAUAAAACUUACGGUGAAAAUCAUGAGAAAUUGUCGAUGGAGAAGCCUGAGCUACGAAAUCGUCUGAUGAAGAUUGCGGUGAGGUUGCAUUUUACAAGGGAACCUUUUCUACUCAACACUUCAAACCUUGAUGAAAUUUUGUCCAGAGGCAGCUUUUGGGGUCAUAAGAACACCCUAAAAAUUUAAGUUACCCAAUGGACCUAUGAGCCAAGUUCUGGGCUCUCAAAAACUCAAAAAAGGCCUAAAAGUGGUCACAAAAGUCAUCAUAGCUCCAUUUCAAAAAUUUUUUUGGGAGAAAUAAAGUUUCAGAUAUUGAUCAGCAUAGUCGAUUACCUAAAAGUACAUCAAUAAAAAACAUUUUUUCGAAAAAUUUUGAAGUUUUUUAUUUUUGGGCUGAAAAUUCAUGAAAAUUCAUAUGUGCCCCUGCUCAUUCUUUUUUCCAAAAUCAAAAUUUUUUCUGAAAGUUUGAUUUAUUGAUGGUUUUUGGGUAAAUCGACCACGCUGAUCAUCAUCUGCUUCUCAGUUUUUCAUAAAAUGGAUCGAGAAUUGAGUUAUGACGUGUUUUAUGAGCCAAUUUUGGCAAUUUUUGAACUUUUGAGAGCCCAGAACUUGGCUCAUAGGUCCAUUGGGUAACUAAAAUUUUUAGGGUGUUCUUAUGGCCCUAAAAGCUGUCUCUGGACAAAAUUUCAUCAUGAUUUGAAGUGUUGAGUAAAAAAGGUUCCCUUGUUAGAAAAAUGACGCUAACUUCUUUCAGAACUUCCAAGAUCCUCCCAAACUUCAAUCCUCAUGCCCCAACGAAAUUCCCGAAUUCCUCCGCCCCCUUGAAAACCCCAUCGAAUUCCCGGACUCUCCGGAAUUCCACGGACCUGUAAAACUGGAUUGGACCAAAGAACCUGAAGAUAUCUUGAAUUCUGGUAACUUUUUUUCUUUUUUCUGAUAAUUAUAUGUAGUUUCAUAUAAAUUUCACUCAGAUAUUUCGAAAGUUAGCGCAACUUUCGAUGGUGUUCGAAAAGAUGUGCCUGAAUUUGUACCAUGUCAUAAUUGUAAUCAAACUAUGAAAAUUUGUUAUAGAAGAGCGAGUUAUCGUGGAGAUAUGAGAGUUUAUCCGGCUUAUAGGUGGGUUUUUGAAGUUAUUUUGUGAAUUUUUCGAAUUUGAUUUUUCCAGAUGCUUGAAAAAAGGCUGUCAAACCUUCCGUUCGAUCGCAAAAAUGUUCGAAAAACCUGAAAUCAACCAAAAAUCCAGCCAGGAUAUGUAUCUUCUCAUGGAUUCGCCAAAAGUUAUUUAA